CUGAGGGUCUGCGCCCCCCUCAGGGCGGCCCCUGAAAUGGUGUCGAUGCUGAAACGCAACUCGUGCGGCAAAGCCCUGGAGAUCGCCCGUCAGGCCCGCGAUAUGCUGGGGGGCAACGGGAUUUGCGACGAGUACCACGUCAUCCGGCACCUGCUGAACCUGGAGGCCGUCAACACCUAUGAAGGCACCCACGACAUCCACGCGUUGAUUCUGGGCCGGGCCAUCACCGGGAUUCAGGCGUUCACAGCUGGCAAGCAGACGGAGCAGCGCGGGUAGGGAUUGGGAUGGGGGGCACCGGUGGAUUUUAGGGACGGCCGGCGGCGUGCCGAUGGACUUUGGCCGCGUGGAAGGGAACGGCGCCACGCUGACGGGCCGCCGUGUCACCGAAUGGACGCAGUGCCACCUGCCGGGCAUGGCAGCCUGCUUCAGUGCCUUCACCGCGCACAAUAAAGGGUGGAAACGCCACCCCUGCCUGCUCAUCA